AUGGAACCCGAUACGCCUGUUUCUCGCCGUCUGAAAUCGGUCAAGCACAUCAUAAUCGUCCUCUCCGGAAAAGGAGGUGUGUCGGCGUCGUCUUUUCUGGGAUGCGUCGGCAAGUCUUCUGUCUCCGCUCAGCUCGCACUUGCUCUGUACGCCACGUCGGCGACUGCCAGAGUUGGUAUUCUUGACGUCGAUCUUACCGGUCCUUCAAUCCCGCGAAUGCUCGGCCUGAAUGGCCAUCCAGUUCAUCAGAGCAGUGAAGGCUGGGUCCCCGUCUAUGCAGAUGGAUCUGCAGGGAGACUCGGAUGCAUGAGUGUCGGGUUUCUGCUGAAGAAGAAAGAGGACUCAGUUGUAUGGCGCGGACCUAAGAAGAACGCGAUGAUUCGGCAGUUUUUGAGCGAUGUGCGGUGGGGAGAAUUGGAUUACUUGGUAAUUGACACGCCGCCGGGUACUUCCGAUGAGCAUCUCUCGUUACUAGAGCAUCUUUCUCCUCUUAAUUCAAAACUCUCUUCUGUAAUUGUGACGACACCGCAGGCCGUCGCACUCGCGGACGCUCUUAAGUGCCUUUCGUUCACACGGACAGUCUCGCUCCCCGUCCUCGGUCUUAUUGAAAACAUGAGUGGAUAUGUAUGCCCGUGCUGCGGCGAAAUUAGCAACAUCUUCUCUACUGGCGGUGGUUCUUCAAUGGCGCAAAAUGAGAACUUAACCUUCCUUGGGAGUUUGCCAGUAGAUGCGGAGCUGGUAACCUUACUGGAUGCGGCGGAAGGCCUAGAGCGGCGAUUUGACUCUAUGGACGAAGGUGUUAACGGCGAUACUGGAGAGCCAUUCCCACUGUUGCGGCGGUAUCUGAAAACUUCGUCAUGGACACUAUUCAAAGAGAUCGUAGCCAAGGCAGUCGCAAAUCUUCAAAGGACGGGCGAACAAAGCGGUCCUUGA